AUGUAUAGACUGCCACACACCUAUCUGAUGAUAUUUUGCUUAUUUGUUCCCGUCUAUGGAAGAGGUGAAGACUUGUUUCGUUCAUGUGAAGUCAGGCUGACGGUCCACAGAGGCACGACAUGGAAAAGUGCCUCACAACAGCCUGUGACAGUCAGAUGUCCUGUCAAACACUGUGGAAAGUCCCUUAAUGUCUCCUGGUGUAAACUACUCGACACAAACAGCUGUGAACGGAUUAAUAACACAGAGAAUGUAGAAAUAACACAGACUGAUAACUAUGUUGAGGAUGAACUGAUCUCAUAUUUAACUUUCAAACGGAUUUCUAUUUAUGAUGAUGGCCUGUACAGAUGGGAUUUAAAAGGAUACGAAUAUGAGCUAAUCAGUCAUAUCAUCAACAUCUCAGUUUCAGACCUACACCAGGGGGUUGAAACAAAUGACAAUACUGACAAUAUUGAAGUUACGUCAAUGAACGCUGCUGGUGACGAGGUUGUGUCCUGGCUGCCCUUCCUCUAUAUCUGUGGUGGCAUAGCUCUUCUGGUUGUCACAAUAACAGUGUUAACCCUCCUGGGUUUUUAUGGCUGGAGACAAACACCGACCUACAAAUCAACAAAGGGACAGGAAAUAUCCACUCAUAUGAUACCUGACCUCCCCAAAGGGCAUGCUCCCUCCACUCCUGUCCUGCAAGCCCACUUCAUGCUGAAUGACAUCUACUCUCCGAGUACUGCAGGGACACCACCAUCGGCGCCUUCCCUGAUCACCAAUGGGGACCAGCCUUUGGCAAACACGGCAGACGAAAGUCAAGUGUCAGACUGUGCAGUGUAUGCUGAGAUCAGCCAUACAAAGUGUGGGAUACGUGCCAGAAAACAGCAUGCUGCUAUUAAACAAGAUAAAGACCCAGAAUAUGCAACUCACUGGAACUUUUUUGAAUGGACGGAAAAACGUACACAUGUACAUGGUGGUUACAUAGAACAGGCAAAGAGGUUAAACCAUCAGCCACACUGUGGAAGAGGUGAAUGGAGGAGGCUUGUUGUCAUGCAGAUGCACACUGUGUCCUCUUAA